AUGGCGACCGUCGCAAAGCCACUGCACCCGGGCGCGCUGGACGAUCCCAUGGCCUCUUCACAACCAGCGGUCUCCCGGCAGUCCUCGACAUCCGAACACCUCGCACAGAUCUCUGGUGCCAUCAUCGAGGCACAUAUGGCAUCCGACUUUGCGGUCCCAGGUUCGGCAGCCUGGCAACUCAUCCACGCGUAUCUCGAUGAGGAUUUCGUAAUGGUCAAUGCAGCGGUCCACGAAUGCCCAAUCCCAUCGGCAAGAAGUCUGGCAGAACACACGAAGAAUGUGAAAGCCUUCAAGCGGCAGAACCCUCACUGGAGCAUUCAGUGCUAUAACCCGACAGCCAUGAUUCAAAGGGGCAGCGAACAUGGCGCGGUCCUGCUCACCGUUCGAGAAUCAGGGUGUGAGGGCAAGACUGUGUUUUCGCGCGACAGUGUAUCCAUGAUGCAUUGGAAGCGCAACUCCAAUGGUGCCUGGAUCUGCUACCGUCAUUCAGCCCUUCGAGGGGGCGCCUACUCUUUCCUGUGA